AUGUCCGACGACGGAAUCUCAAAUCGUGACCAGACUCUUCUUGCGGCACAAGCACAAGGCCCACAUGAAGACCGCGCCUCCCUUGUGACGCGCGCACGGCAAUUUCUGCUUUCUCCGCAAGUCCAGCAUGAGGACGAGUCCGCCAAGCGAAGGUUUCUGCAAGACAAGGGUCUGUCGGAAAGUGAAAUCGUUAUGUUGCUUCGAGAACAGAGCACUGUAGCAUUACCCCCCGUACCUCCGCGCACCUAUCCGCGGCCACCUCCUUCGAAUAUCCCCAUCAUAAUGGCGGGCGUACUGAGAGUGAUGAUGUGGGGCGCAGGAGCUAGUGCCGUUCUUCUGCUGAUAUACCACCGCCUGCUGUUACCACUCUUGACCCGUUCGGCGAAUGCGCGACGGUCACUCAAACAUCACCAACGAGAUUUGCUGUCUAAACUCACUGCGUCGGCGCAAGAGCUAAGGGAUGCCCAGCGGAAGUCAUUCGCGGAUCUACCACAGGCUACAAUAUCCGGGGAGCUGCCGCCCUAUGCAGAUUGCAAAACGGUCGAUGAUGUACUCUCUGCCCGGGCCGGGACGACUGAAGUCCCACCGUUGUCACUGUUACGCUGUGCUCUUGCUGAUAUUGGCCCCACGACAUCUGGGCCAACAACAGACGAACUUUUUGCGCAUUUGUAUGGGAAAGUGCCGUGGUUGGAGGGCGCUUCUGCGUAUCAAGAGCGGGUCUGGCAAGUGCUCAAUGAGAGCCCGCGCUUCAGCAGCUCUGUUGAAGGGCCGGACGAUACUGCUCACUGGUCCUACAUCCCUGUCCCUCCACCCCCGGCAACACCGGCAAUCGCCUCGCUUGAGAAUCUGGCGACGUCGCUGAAGUCACACUCGACAGCUUCAGAGACGGUUUCGUACCGUCAACAUACUCUGCAGGCCUUGGCAGACUUCACUGGAUACCUGACGACGCAAACAUACUCGUUGGCUUCGUCUCGAUUGCGCAUACCAGGUGUGCAGCCGGAUUUGCAGAGCACUCAGGAGGAAGACGUCAGGAAAGAGAUUCGCGCAUUAAAGGGUCUUGUCCUCAACCGGAAAUCCUUUCUUCCGUCUCGACCUGUCUCAAUGAUUACAUGA